AUGGUUAGCGUUGUCCUGUCAGUGGUGAAAUGGGAGAAAUUAGCAAAGGCCUCACGCGGCCGUAAAAUGAAAAGUCCUGGCGUGUUGGCGGACAGUGGCACGGCGCCACUGAAACGCGGCGCCAGUCAGACGCCAUCACCAGCCCCGCUGAAGACGUCACGAAUUGAGCCCGACCCUACGGUGUUUCGCAAUGGUAUUAUCGGUAUUGCAAAGUCGGAUACGUCUGCUACAUGCACCCCAAGUCUACCGAUUGGUGUGGUGACACCACCGGGUGCAACAAAUCAAACACCACAUACGCCAUUGUCAGCGGAUUCAAAACCACACACCACUUCUGCAGAAUCCACACAUCCAUCCGAUCCCGGUCAUCGGGCCUCUUCGGCGACACCGUCGGGCAGUGCUGGUAGCGCUGUCAGUGGCAGUAUCAGUGGUGGAGGCAUUGGUGUCGGUAUCAACCCGUCAUCGUCGUUGUUCGUGAACACCUCGACAACAUCGCUCCUUACCCAAGCCGGUCUACUGUCACAUCAACUGGCAGCCAGCCAACAACUUGGCCUCGAUCCGCUCCGACUUCUGCACAAUCCGCAAUUGGCCGCAAGUCUGUCCGCUGCGGCUGCUGCUGGAAAUCCCUUCCUAUCGUCCAAUACCGCCGGUGCGACGAUUCCAUUGUUGCAUAUGCUUCAGCAGCAACAGCAACAACAGCAACAACAACAACAGCAGCAACAACAACAGCAGCAACAACAACAGCAGCAGCAACAACAACAGCAAGCCCUACAGCUUCAACAAGCCGCUUUGGCUGCCGCAGCUGUCAGCGGAAAUCCAGUACUGCCUCCGACGGGUUUGGGUCCAGCCAGUGCUUCGGCUUUGCCAUUUCCGGCAAACGCUGCCCUUGGUCCACAACUGGCCGGUGCUGCUCUGCUUGGGCGACCAAUUGUGCCACCAGCUUCAUCGCUUCUACCGAGGAAACCUGGCCGAUGGUGUGGAAUGCAUGUGAAGAUUGCGCAUGACAUUGCUGCAUACCGACAAUCACAACAACAAAAAGACAAGCAAAUCGCCGCCGUGGCUCAAGCCGAGCAACGAGUUCGUGCCGCCACCGUGCAAGCACCUCCAUCUGUGGCCAGCACCUCACAAGCUCCAUCGUUACCAACCGGAGUCGAUACGACCAGUGUAGCUGCUCAAAUGCAAGCCAUGCAGCAGGCAGCAUUGUCGGCGGCUCGAGGUGCUGCCCCACAACCACCCCACUGUCUACCGUCAACGUCGUCUGCAACAGCUCCUGCUGGGUACCCGACGUUGGCCGGAUUACCUCCCCAAGCACUGCAAAGUCUGGCGUUGUCCGGUAAUCCACAAAUGCUUUCGGUGUUGCAAGAAGCCCGACGAGUUGCUGCAGCCACUCCAAAACCUCCGCAAACGCAGAUAACCCCACAACGGCCGCCGUCAGCAAUGCCACGUCCUCCACAGCAACCGACCGGUUUGACGUUACCACCCGGUCUGGCUACCCUCGGUGCUAGUGGACUGUCAUUAGCGGCUCCUGCUCCUGCAGCCGGCUCCUUGACGAACGGCACUAGCGACGCGGCAGCUGCCCAGCAAGCGAUGUUACAGGCGAUCAUGCAACAAAUGCAGCAACAACAUCAACAACAGCUUCUACAACAACAACAACAGCAGCAAGCUGCAGCGGCCGCUGCAGCUGCCGCUCAGGCACAAGCUCAGGCCCAGGCUCAACGAGAGCGAGAACAACGGGAAUUGCAAGCACAGCAACAACAACAAGCUCAGCAGUUCCAACAACAACAGGCAGCCCAACUUGCACGGAAUCAACCGCCGGCGUCUAGCCUACCUCCAGGAUUAAGCGGCGCUACCGGACACAUGCUUUUGAAUCAGGCUCAAUUGUUACAAUUCCAAAUGCUUCAACAACUCGACCCCGGAAGAGCAGCGGCGUUUGCUACAGCCCUCCAGCAACAUGCUCAGGCUCAAGUCCAGGCACAAGCUCAGCAACCCGGUCAGCCAUCUCAACUCGAUCUCGGCAUCUAUCGUGCCCACAUGGAACAACAGCAACAACAACAACAACAACAGAGCCUACUGCUGGCUCAUGCUCAGGCUCAGGCGCAAGCCCAAGCUCAGGCACAGCAACAACAAGCCGUCCAGGCCCAGGCUCAGCAACAACAUACUGUCGAUCCCCGUGAAGCACUCCUGCGGUUGUAUAGUCAAACGUCGGCGGCUGGACGAGGUGGUAUUGAGGCUCUGUUGAGCGCUCAACAGGCUGCGGCUGCUGCAGCGCAACAACAGCAGCAACAACAGCAACAACAACAGCAACAGCAACAACGUCUUCCGCCCGGUUUCCCGGCCAGUGCCGGUGCCUUACCCCCAGGACUGGCCGGUCUGGCAGCUGCCCAGCAAGCCUCGUUGGGUGCAACGCCGACGUCGCAGUCGCCGUUGUUCAAUCCGGCACUGUUGGGAUUGCAAGGACUCGGUGCACAGUACGCGAAGCCGUUCUCGGCCGGCCUCCAACAACUCGGUCAGAUCAAGCGUGACGGAAAUGACGUCAUUCCAAAUGGUCGGUAG